AUGGCGGAGGAGUUGGCGCCAUUGGACGAGACGCUUUCCCCGACAGACGACGGAUUUCAUGCACACGCGUUAGGCGGCUCCGUUUUCAGCGGCUCGGACGUGGAAGCGCCGGAGCUGGGAUCGUUAAAUGCGUCGCGGGGACGAGCCGCGGAGCGAUCGUCGCGGGGAGGCGGCGCGGGAGGAGCGAAGCGGUUCGGACGGGGCGGGAUGGUGAUGGCUGUGCUCAUGCGCUUACUUGCUAUAAACAAGCGGAUAUUGAUCCCGGUGGCGCUCGCCUCGCUAGCUUCGAUGCUGAUGGGAUAUGACAUAGGCGUGACCAGUGGUGCUGUGCUGAUAGUGCAGCGAACCUACCACCUCAGCAUUGCGGAUAAGGAGCUCUUCAUUGGUUCCUUCAGCUUCGCAGCAGCCAUCUCCGCCCUCCUCUCUGGCAUCGGGAUGACAGUCGGCCCUCUCUAUUGUGUCGAGCUGGCCCCAGCCGAUUCCCGAGGCUCUCUCUCUGCUCUCAGCGAGCUUCUCUCUUCCCUCGGGCUGCUCCUCGGGUAUUUAAUCUCCUUUCUCCUCUCGCCGUCCCCUAAGGAGCUGCUGCGGCCGAAUGAGGCGGUGAAGCAGAUGCUCAUGCUGGCUGUGGGCGCUGCAUUCUACCAGCAGGUACGAUGCUCUCUCCACACCCCCACCCACCCUUCCCCCCCCGCCGCCUCAUCUGCUGCUGAUGCGGCCAAAUCAGGCGGUGAAGCAGAUGCUCAUGCUGGCUGUGGGCGCUGCGGGGGGUUUACCAGCAGGUAUGCGGCCACAGGCGUCCCCACCAUGCUCUAUUAUACCCCCGAGCACUUCGCCACCAUGGGUCUCACCUCCUCUGCUGCCAUUCUCUCUGACUCUCUCUAUCCUUCUCCCGGCGCUUUCAUUCACCAGGCCACAGGCGUCCCCACAAUGCUCUACCCCCGAGCUGGUCCCCACCGUGGGCCUCACCUCAUCUCACCUCCUCUACUACUGCCACAGGCGUCCCCACCAUGCUCUACUACACACCUGAGCUCUUUGCCACAAUGGGACUCACCUCCUCUGCCGCCAUCCUCUCUGCCAGCCUUGCCUUUCUUUGAAGACAUCCUUCUCUUUCCCCCUUUCCACACACCCACCAACCACCACCAGGCCACAGGCGUCCCCACUAUGCUCUACUACACACCUGAGCUCUUCGCAACGAUGGGACUCACCUCCUCUGCUGCCAUCCUCUCUGCCAGCCUCGCGGUGGCCCUCGCCCGCACGCUCGCCUCGCUCGUGCCCGUCUCUAUUCUGGACGAGAUUGGAAGAAGGACUAUGCUUCUUAUCAGCACAGCAGGUGGGCAACCCCUCGCGGUGGCCCUCGCUCGUACGCUCGCCUCCCUCGUCCCCAUCGCUCUUCUGGACGAGAUUGGGAGACGGACACUGCUGCUCAUCAGCACAGCAGGUGAGCUUCACACCCCUGCUCUUGCUGCCAGCCUUGCGGUGGCCCUCGCCCGCACGCUCGCCUCGCUCGUGUCCGUCUCUCUUCUGGACGAGAUUGGGAGAAGGACGCUGCUGCUCAUCAGCACGGCAGCUCAAGCCAUAGUCCUCCACACAAUGAACCUCGGCGGAGAAUUCGACAUCUCUUCAGAAAACCCCUCCUCCUCGUCCCCGCUCACUCCUCUCGUCUCCCGCCCAUUCCAAUCCAACGCCGCUGCUCUUUCCGUGAUCGCAGCAGCAAACCUAACUGUGUUCUUUGCGAUAGGCCUCUCCCCCAUCUCCACUCUCCUCCCUCCGGAGAUCUUCCCCCUCCGGUUACGGGCCCAAGGGACCGGGCUUGCUGUGGCAGUCAGCAGGCUGGUUGCGGCGGCUCUUUCCUCGUCGUUUCUGAGCCUUGUUGACGCGACGAGCCCCGGGUUUCCGUUCUUUGUGUUUGCGGUGCUGUCGGCGGCUGCGGUUCCGUUUCUGCAUUCCUGUAUGCGGGAGACGAGAGGGGUGAAGCUUGAAGGUGCUUCGGCGCUAUUUGAGCCGAGUUUGGGCGGCGGAGUGGGGACAGGAGGGGGGAUGUGGGGGGGAGGAGGGGUGGGAGGUGCGGCUGGGGCGGGAGAGCAGGGUGCUGUGAUGGAUGGGCAUGGGAGAGCGAUUGGGAGGAGGGCAAGGAAUGUGGGAGGAGGAGAUAGGGCUUCAACCAGUUGA